AUGGCAAGGUCUACGCCGCUUCUGCGCCACCUCCUCCGCGGCGCCAGCACCGGCCGCGAACUGCAUGCCCCUACCGAUUUCCGUCGGUCGGUGACCUACAUGCCCCGCCCGGGCGACGGCUCCCCGAGGCGCGUGACCUUGAUCCCUGGCGACGGCAUCGGGCCUCUCGUAACCGGCGCCGUACAGCAGGUCAUGGAGGCGAUGCAUGCGCCGGUGAGCUUCGAGACCUACGAGGUCCACGGCGAUAUGACCUCUGUGCCGGUGGAGGUGCUCGAAUCGAUCCGGAGGAACAAGGUGUGCCUCAAGGGCGGCCUCCGGACGCCGAUGGGCGGAGGGGUUAGCUCGCUAAACGUGCAGCUGAGGAAGGAGCUCGAUCUCUACGCCUCGCUCGUCCACUGCUUCAGCCUGGAGGGCCUGCCGACCAGGCACGAGAAGGUGGAUAUCGUGGUGAUCAGGGAGAACACGGAAGGGGAGUACUCCGGUCUAGAGCACGAGGUCGUCCCUGGCGUCGUAGAGAGUCUCAAAGUGAUAACAAAGUUCUGUUCUGAGCGAAUUGCGAAGUAUGCUUUUGAGUAUGCUUACCUCAACAACAGAAGGAAAGUCACAGCCGUGCACAAGGCCAACAUCAUGAAACUCGCAGACGGAUUGUUCUUGGAAUCUUGCCGUGAGGUCGCAACAAAAUAUCCAGGGAUCGACUAUAACGAGAUCAUCGUCGACAAUUGCUGCAUGCAGCUCGUUUCGAAGCCCGAGCAGUUUGAUGUUAUGGUCACUCCGAAUCUUUAUGGCACUCUGAUCGCAAACACUGCCGCAGGGAUCGCCGGAGGCACCGGCGUCAUGCCAGGAGGUAAUGUCGGACAAGAUCAUGCGGUGUUCGAGCAAGGUGCUUCGGCUGGCAACGUGGGGAAUGAGAAAAUAGAGGAGCAGAGGAAAGCGAACCCGGUGGCGCUGCUCCUGUCGUCUGCGAUGAUGCUGAGGCAUCUCCGGUUCCCGUCUUUCGCCGAUCGACUGGAGACCGCCGUGAAGCUCGUGAUCGCCGGUGGCAAAUGCAGGACCAAGGACUUGGGAGGGAGCAGCACGACCCAGGAAGUCGUGGAUGCGGUCAUUGCGAAUCUGGACUGAGGGAAAUCGAUUUGAUGUUCUGCGUUCUUUGUUUGUUCUUGCUUAUUUCUUUCUUCUUCGCUCAAUAAUUGGGGGAGAUUCCAGCUUCCAAAUUGGAUGUUACAGAUCUUGAUUAUUAUUAUUUUUUUUUAACAAUAAUUAAAGAAGCGGUUUGUUGCUGUUGCGUGAAGGCGUUGAUU